AUGACUGUCAGCAUCGUUACUGUGAAUGUUACUGUGGUCCUUAUGAACAAGCAAAGUGGUAACAAAUUACCGUGGGAUUGUUGCCGCUGGCCGCGACAGCCAACUCCCUGCUGUAGCGGUCUGGACUUGGGCGGUGUUGGUAAUGGUGACGGCGCUCACAAGUGGACACCGCAGGAUGCCUGGAUAAGUAUCCACCCUAAGUAUUUAGAAAGGAUGGAAUUAAAUACAGGAGAUGCCACUCAAGUUUAUAUAGCAUUCUUGGUUUACCUGGAUCUCAUGGAGAGUAAAAGUUGGUUUGAAGUAACUGUGGGAUUACCUGAACUCCAGCUCAUCUGCCUGGCUGGUACUGAGACAGAAGGGGAAAGGUUACAGACCGUGUUGCCUACACCCAUCUCUGCUUCUCUCAGCCAUCACAGAAUAUUCCCCUUGGAAGAUGACAUCUGCACUUCUCAACCCUUUAUUCAUAAAAGAUUGGAUUUGAGACCCAUCCACCUGCUUUUUCUUUUAUCUCCGAGAUAG